CAUCGCCGUGACACUAGUUGCUAAAGAAAAAUUCAGUAACUUUUGCAUAUGUGGCCCUAUCGUUUCAUCCUACAUGGUAAUAAAGUGGUGCAAUUAUGUCUGGAAAUAAAAAAGUUUUCGGCUAUUUUCUUUUUUCGGCGUCGUAUAUCUUUAUUUAUUCGCUUCAUUUGAUGCGCCAACAGGUGGCCCUUUCGCUCUUAUCGCUUCGUCUGCCACUGUGUUCCUCUUCGCCAGACACUUUCUAUGCACGUGCACGGUUUUUCGUAUGCUCUGGCGUUAAAAGUUUUUUUUUUUUUCUGUGCCCACGAACGUUCCGACAAUGUCGUAAAAAGUGAGGAAAGGGUAGAAGGCGUGCUCAUGGCUGUGUGUGGUGGUAACUGGAGGAGAAAAAGAAUGGCGAACUUCUGUUUCCCAGUGAACGAGAGAUGUGCCAUGUGGAAAAAUUAAGCUCAAUGGAGAGUUGUGGCGCUGCUCACAUGGGAGCAGAUGUACAACGGCUACCGCCUCUUCUUGGGCCACUUCCCAGAAAGGGACUGCGCCGACCUAACCUAAACAAUACUGUCGUGGUCAGCUGUACCGACUGUUCGAAUGGAAGAGUGAUCCCUGAACGAGGAAGCCAAAGGCCAGUUCGCCGUGCCUUUCCGUUGCCCGGACCAUCUGGCCUCGCUGCAGACGGCAGGGUGGAGGUGCGUUUGGCGUCUGCGGAAGCAUUCGGCCAGCAAAGACCACAUGUUCAAGAAAUAGGAAGCACAGACAUGGUGAUUUCGAAGGAGUUUUCUAUUACAAGUGCUCAGGGAUACGAGUCGUUGCUAUGCCCUGCACUGCCGCCGGGAUUGGCCCACUCUUCUUUCGGGCCCUGUGUCGAAGAUUAACUGGUUUCGGUGUCGGCAUCAACGGGGCCCAAUAAAGCUGUCACGUUCCGCUCUUAAAGCCGAAGUUUAAGUGUGCUCCAAGAUUUUUCUUUGCAUUUGGAUGUAGCAAAAUGUGAACGUAGGCUUUUCGUGGACAUCACUUUUUGUCUCUGAUUAAAAGAUUACCUAUUCAA